CACGCCGCCCGCCCAAACGCGACUUAUCGUAUUGCAAAGAGUUAGUGAACACGCCAAUGCAAUAUAAAUUUUAUUUAUAUCACAACAUGGUUGUUUAUAUGUCGUAUUUAGAUUAAUACCCAUGUCGCGCCAAAUAAAUGUGUAGAAUAAAAAGUGAGCUUCUUCAACAAACAAAUAAAUAUUAUAUUUAUAAUAAUUUUAAGGAUAAUUUUGAGUUGUAUGUAAAUUAGACCGUAUAUGUGUAGAGUCAUCUUUUUGGAAAGCAUGUAAUAGAAGAUUUCAUGGAGAGAAUAAGCAAAUUUAGCCGACGCUCCAUGGAUUUAGAAUUUGGCUGCGUACAUAAAGAUGCGGCGUGAUGUACAGCAAUAUUAGCGAUAAUGGCGCGGAUGCGGGCACGGGAGCGGAGGAGACACGAGCGCACAGUGUCGCCGCACUAGUGGCACUACACACGCUCGUGUCAGCUAUAGGAAUCAUUGGAAAUGUAAGCUUAUUGGCUGCACUGGCGUCAGGCGGCGCGUCUCGUCUUCGAACUCCGCAGCUACUCAGCUCAUGCGCCGCGGAUUUCCUCGUGUGUGCAGCGAGUGCACCACUAGCUGCUACACGGGUCGCUAAGAUUCAACAUCUGCCGUGUCCAGUCAUAUUUUACAUAGAGUCGUUCCCAGUGGCCGCAAGCACGCUAUCGCUGGUGGCGAUCGCAGCGGAUCGUUGCGGCGCGGUGCGGCGCGGACACGGAUCGCUCUGUGCCAGACCCCUGCUCGCUGUUGUCGCCGUGUGGAUUACAGCUUUAGUUUUAGGUGGAACUGCAGUCACCACCAUGUGCGUAUCGUGUCCGCCCCUGGCCGCUCUCCACGCGCUACUAACCUACUGCUUCCCAGUAAUAGCAGUGGCGAGGUGCCAUUGGGCAGUCCGCGUCAAACUGACCGCUCUAUCCCUCACAGCGCGGGCUGCACACGGCGAGCUACCACUGCCAGUUCCUUUAAUGCGGCGGCCCACCCACGUGAUCAUAGUGGCCGGCGUGGGGCCCAGAGAACGCCGUGACGCUGUCGACGUAGGUGACGUCAGAGGGAAGAAGAAACUUCAGCCGAGUCUUCUCGGACCACAACCGCAAACGUCAACGCUACGGUCCCGACGACGUCUCGGCAACGUGCUCAUGGGUAUAGCUGCUAUUUUCGCUGCGUGCUGGUGUCCUCACGCGGCAAUAGUGAUAUGCAGCGCCUUCGGACUCCACGCACCGUUCCUGUUAAGGCAAUACGCGCUGCUCUUCGGUUAUGCUCACUCGGCUUUGAACGCAGUCGCUUACUGGGUGCUGAAUCGACAUGCGUUAACGUCCGCUUGUGCUGCAUGGCGUCUGCCACAGAUAAGGGUGCGCGAAGAAAGGCCUUCCUCGACUAACGAAGCGGCGCUGGGUGCGUUCCACCCUCGACUCGCUAGGCCCGCGCCCUCGCCUCGUCCGCCCCCCUCCAGUUUCCUCUAUUAGUGUCGUCUAUCUUCUAAGCUCUGUCAAUCUGUGAUUCCUAUCUCUCAGUGCCUCGUAUAGUCUACAGGCGUCCCUGUCCCGCGGGGCCGCCGCUCGUUUCGUCGUUAUAAACGUGGUUGUUUGAGAUUUUAUGGAGAAUAAUA